GGAGGCCCGCACUACGAUCGCCGGAUGAUCACCGGCGGGCAACGAUUUCCGACCGUCAGUCGUUACCGGGCGUUUGUGGUCGACGGUUGCACACACUAGCUGGAGACGGUUCCGUUUCGUAGUUGACUUUCCGUCCGCCUGCAGGCACAAACGAUCACGAUCACCCGGUGUCCCACUCGGCGGGGAUACAACAAUUGGAUAAAGUGCGUAGGGAAAAGCAUCCGUGCCAGUGUCAGAAGCAGCUGUCAAAGUUCGAGCCUCCGAGAGGAACGAUGGUGCACCGGCAGCUAAAGCGGCAGCACUCGGGCCUGCCGCAGAUGGAGUCGCUGUCGCGCUUCAGCAGCAUUCCGGUAGUGGAAACCGGCAUCAAAACGGCCGGCAGUGUGUACGAGCGGGUGAAAACAAGCAACGGCCUGCUGACGUGGGGCUUCGAGACGGCCGAAUCGCUCACGUACGCACUGAUCGACUCGCUGCGCCCGGCCACCAAGAUGAUCCAGGGGCCGCUGCACCAGCUGGACAGCAUCAUGUGCAAAAGUCUCGAUCUGGUCGAGCAGAAGGUACCCUCGAUGUAUCUUCCGCCCGAGAUGGUACGGUUGAUGAUGUUUUGGAACACGAAGGAAUACAUGUCCGAUCAUUUGAUGAAGCCGGUCCUGUCGCGGGCUAAUUCGAUGAAAAAUUUGGGCCACGCCGUGCUGGAAUCGCGCGUCUCCAACUAUGCCGCUGGCCGGAUCGACGGGGCACUCGUCGUUUGUGACAAAUACGUCGAGCGGUACCUUCCGACGGAACCGCAGGAUCAGCCCGACUCGUGCGGCGCAGCUCCAACGGCAGACGACUCGAACGAGAUGCACGUCGUGAAAACGUUCCACCGCGGCCAGCAGCUGUCCCGCAAGCUGAAGCGCCGGCUCACCUUCCGCACCCGCCAGGAGCUGAGCGCGCUGAAGAAGCAAAGUACCGAGGCGGUCCACGUGGUGGCGUACGCGGCCGAACUGAUCGCGACAAACCCACGGGAGGCGUUGCAGAAAGCCGUCGAGCUGUGGCGCUACCUCAGCAAGGAUGAGCCCGAAAAUCAGGCCCGGCCCCGCACGCUCGAGCAGGUGGCCGUACUGUUGACGCGCGAAUCCGCCCGCAAGAUGGUGCACCUGAUCAACUUUGUCACCGGUGCGGUCACGCGCGUCCCGAAAGCCGUCCGCGCCCAGACGCGCGAGCUGGUGCAUCACUUCCUGUUCGCGACCGAGCGGCUGAUGAAGACGGUCCACCUGGAGAAGGCAAAGGCGGCGACACUGUCCGAGGCUAGCGGGCUCGUGCACCGCAUUCAGCAUACCUACGACGAUCUGCAGAACCAAACCAACCUGGCACUGCACGGUCAGUUGUCGCUGGCUAACAUUGAUCGGCACGAUUUUAUCCAUUGGCUUUUGUUGAAAGUGGAACGCUUGGCAGUCUUUCUUUCCGGGCGCUUGGAGGCGGAAAAGAUCACCACCAGUGGAAACCCUCGCCGACGCAUACAGCCCCGAACAAACAGCAAUCCAAUGAAUUCGAACAUUAACGGCGUGUACUAAUUUAUGUGUGUGUGUAUGUGUGAGUGUGUAUUUGUGUAUGUGUAUGUUUGUCUCUAUGUGGCAACAUAAGUCUGACAAGACUGUGUACUACCAAAACAAUCCCCCUUUCCCUUGAGUACCUCGAUCCAAAUGGGAAAGCCAAGGUUGCUCUUUUUCUAACUAGAUUCUAAGUGGAUCGUUAAUAUGUAAUAAUUUGUUGUUGUUAUAAAAAAAAGAAUAAAUACAAAGCAUGAACGUUUCAACCUAUAAAACACGAA